UAGUCUCCCCCCGUCGAGGGAGCCACGCCACAACGGGGAGACGGAGUCGCGCACGGGCGGACGUGCCGAGCCGGAGCCGCGUGAGGCGCAUGCGAGCAGGAGGAGCAGCCACCUCCUCCCGGCCCGGCUCGCGAAGCCGCCAUCCCCAACACGCGUGGAAUAUCUGCUCCUACUCGCCAUCAACGCAAACAUCAUCACAAACAUAAUCAUCACUAGCAGCAACGUCCGUCACCCCACGCGUGCGAUUCUGCAAACCGCGGCACCCCGCGGGGCCACACGGGGAGUUUGCCGAGUGCAGACCGGGGGAGCUUUGGCUCGCCGAGUGAGGCUACCGCUGCCAGAGGCGGAGGAGGACACCCGGCCCCAGCACCGCGCGCCCUGCAACCUGGGACCUCCUCGCAACCCGGGACCUCCUCGCCGCCCUGCUGCAGGUAUUUGGAUGCCUUAACCGCACAUGGAUUCCCGCGUUUGGCGUCAGAGCGACGGGGGCGGCGGCACCGGCGGGGGCCGCACGAUCGUGCGCCACCCGCGCCUCCUCCUGCAGCAACAGCCGCCCGAUGAGUCGCUCGCCGCGUCGCCGCACUCGCUCGUCCUCUCGCUCGACCAGAUCAAGGCCAUCCGUGCCAACAACGACUACUCGGAGCCGCCCACCGUCGUGCGCUCCAACAAGCCCCCCCAUUGGGGGGGCGGCGCCGUCUCCUCCUCCUCCUCGCCGCCGCAGCAGCACAAGGAGCGCGAGCGGCCGCCGAGCGGCGAGACGCCGCGGGGCGCCGCUCCGCACAAGGCCGCGCCGCCGUCCCGCGGCGGCGGCGCCGCCCAGCGGCCGCCCCCCGUGCCCAGCCGCUCGGCCAGCGGCGGCAGCACCGCGUCGCGGACCAGCGCGGGCAGCGCCGGCUCGGAGCGGCGUCUGCUGGGGGGCGGAGCGCAGCACCGGCAGGGGCCCUGGGAGGGAAUCGUCGUCCGCGGCCAGCCGCGCGCCGCGGCGCCGGCCCACGGGACGACCGAGCCGAAACGGGAGCAGCAGCGCCGGCACCGCCACGACGGGCACCGGCACGGCGAGGACGGGGGCGACCGGAAGUGCGAGGCGGGCGAGGGGUGCGGCGGCGGCAAGGAGCCGUGCCCCGAGCGGGGCCAGCACGCGUGCAUCUGCGAGCGGUGCGGGCGCUGCAAGUGCGGCGAGUGCGUGGCUCCGCGCGCGCUGCCCGCGUGCUGGCUGUGCGAGAAGCGCUGCCUGUGCUCGGCGGACGCGCUGCUCGAGUCGUGCACGUGCCUGUGCUGCGUCAAGGCGCUCUUCUACCACUGCUCGGACUACGGCGACGGAGACUCGAGCGACUCGUGGGCCGACAAGCCGUGCGCCGGCUGCAGCCAGUCGCGCUGCGGCCUGCGCUGGGCCAGCAUGGCGGCGCUCUCGCUGUGCCUGCCGUGCCUGCUGUGCUACCCGCCGGCGCGUGGGGCCCUCAAGCUGUGCCGCGCGGGGUACGACCGCCUCACGCGGCCCGGCUGCCGCUGCGAGAGCAGCAACUCGGUGCGCUGCAAGCCGCCGGAGGUGCCCCCCCGCAAGCCCAUCUGACCGCCCUCCCCCUCGCAAACUCUCGCCCACACGACGGUGACCGCCGCCGCCGCCUCCUCACCUUCCUCCCUUCCCGCGCCGCUCCGGGAUGUACGAGCCCUCGCGUGUCGGCGGCGACGACGGCGGCGGCGACUAUAAUAUUAAUAACAAAUAUUAAUAAUAAUAUUAAUAACGUUGGUGAUGAUGAUAUAACCACUGGCCCCCAUGUGGGCAAGACGGGGGAAACACGUGUGCCCCCGGUGACUGGCGCCAAAAGUGGACCUGGGAACCCCCAGCGUGGGAAUGUGGAGUUGGGGUCGGACGUGGUGAAUCCUCCACGCCGCGGCUCUCGGAGACCGCGUGACCGAACCUGGCGUUCGCGCCGAACCUGGAUGAGCGGAACGUGAGAUGGAAUCGGGACCCAGGGAACCAACUGUGGAAGAGAAGCUGGAUUGGAUACAAAACGAACCUGGUGGUGCCCUGGACCUGGGGACCCCGUGGGGUUUGGCACCGGGACCAGGCGAUGAUGCUUAACGCCCACCCCCCCACUGCCCCCUAACCCCCCCCGGGGAGGGGGUGGAAGAAGGGGGCUGGCUCCGAACGGCGAUCGAGUGUAACCUGUGGCACAAAUUAACCUUCCCCUCUUUAUGUACAAAUAACAAAUUAUUGUCUAUCUAUUUUUGUACAUAGCUAUAAUAUUAAUGUAAAGAUCAAGAUAUCCCAUGAAUGUUUAAAACAAAAAAAGUAUAGCUCGCUACUUUCCAAUGCCCGUGCAUCCUGUGGAAUGUGAGCCAGGACCACAGCGGCCUCCCCAACGAGGCCGCUGCGGCCCUGGCGGCCGGAUUCUGUUAUUAUUAUUAUUAUCCUGUGGCUUCAGCGUACGGCAUUCACAAUGUAAAGUUAUUAUUAUAGAGCUCCGUAUUAUUUUCUAAUUCUCUCUCCCUCUCUGUGUUAAACCCUCCCCACCGCCCCCACCCCACUUUUUUUUGUCUAGUGUAAAGAAAUAUUUAUUACUUGAAGUUAAAUAUUUUAUAAUAUUUAUUGGAAAGAGGAAACCAUCCCGCGCGAGUGGCCUCGCCGCGUAAGCCGGCUGUGACUGAAACAGAAAAUAUAUGAAUGAAGUGA